UUCCAAUGCAUUAUGUAUGGAUUGCAUUCAAUACAUUCAAAUAAUAAUGUGAAGAAUUUAUGUUUUGCAAUUUAGCGUCACGCUUAUUCUGAAAAACGGAAAUACAACUCGCCGAGCUUUUUUUCUGAAUCUGCCCAAACCGGAUGUACUUUGUAAAUUCUGGCACUCUUGCAUUGACAUUUGACAAUUCUUUAUUUCUGUGUAGUUAUUUUGUCCAUUAAGGAAAUAAAAGAGACGCCAUAGUUAAGGCCUAGGCCCGGAGGGGGAGAUGACUAAGGAGGAUGUGUCAGAGCCUGUGGAGGGCGACACAGUCCCAGGCAGUCGACUGGGACUAUCCCAUCAGCGUCCAGUGGUCCACCCAGUGGCCUCUGCGCCCAUACCCAGUGAAUGUGAGUUCUCCUUCUUUGACCCAAGUGACCUGCGAUGCAAAGAGAUCCUGGAGGAUCCUAGCACCACAGUCCCAGAGCUGUUUGCUGUGCUCAGGCAGUGGAUGCCCCAGGUCCAGAAGAACAUCGAUGUCAUUGGCAACGAGAUCCUAAAAAGAGGCUGUGGUGUGAAUGAUCGGGACGGCCUGACAGAUAUGAGCCUUCUGCACUACUGCUGCAAAGCCGGGGCUCCAGGCAUAGGUGAUGCAGACAGGGCAGCUGCUUUUGCCCGGCAGCUCCUGGCUCUGGGUGCAGAUCCGAACCUGCGCUCACGCUGGACAAACAUGAAGGCUCUGCACUAUGCAGCCUACUUCGAUGUGCCCCAGCUCAUUCGAGUGGUGCUGCAGACAGCUCUGCCCGGAGAGGUGGAUGCCACUUGCAGUGACUUUGACUUUGGCACAGCCUUGCACAUCGCCGCCUCCAAUCUGUGCACCUCAGCUGUCAAGUGUCUGCUGGAAUUAGGAGCAAACCCUGCUUUCAGAAAUGACAAAGGCCAGUGUCCAGCCGAUGUGGUCCCUGAUCCAGUGGACAUGCCCUUAGAGAUGGCAGAUGCCGCUGUCAUGGCCAAGGAGCUAUGCACUAUGCUGAGGGAAGCGUUACCCCGGCCCACCUCCCCUGUGCCCCUCCCCCUACACACCCACACCGCCCCACUGUCUGAACAGGCCCGGGGGCAGCUCUCCAACAUGGGGCUGAGGCUCGGUGACCGUGUCAUGAUCGCCGGACAGAAGGUGGGGACCCUGCGUUUCUGUGGCAGCACUGACUUCUCCUCAGGACUGUGGGCCGGAGUGGAGCUAGACAAACCAGAGGGCAAGAACGAUGGAUCAGUGGCAGGAGUCCAGUAUUUCAACUGUCGCUUCAGAUAUGGAAUAUUUGCACCACUUUCCAAAAUAACCAAACCCCUGGAGAGACUUAAACCUGGAGCUAUGAGGACGUCCACUCCCAUCCGGCCGCCACGCAAAAUAGACCUGUCCCGGGUCACUUCUAAGGUUAAUACGGGUUUAUUGCCCCACUCUCUCUCCUCCUCGUCUUCCUCUCUGGACUCUCGGCCCCGCCCCACCCGACCACGCCCUCUGCCGCGGCAAAGACCAUCAGCCCGCCACCGCAGAGAACGCCCUUCACUCAGCCCAAGGACGACCCCAUCUAUGUCCUCUGCUACUUCAGGUGUUCGCAGCCGUACCCCGUCAGCCAACAGUUCAGUGUGUGAGGGCUCGGAAGUGCGCCUGGGGGACCGAGUGCUCGUGGUGGGACAAAGGACAGGGGUGGUCCAGUACUGCGGGGAAACUGUUUUUGCUCCAGGCCUUUGGUUGGGCAUUGAACUGGACAAACCCAGUGGAAAAAAUGAUGGAUCAGUGGGAGGAGUGAGGUACUUCAGCUGUCCACCGAAACAUGGGGUUUUUGCUCCUCCAUCUCGGGUUCAAAGGAUCCAUGGGUCAGUGGACUGCCUCUCUGAACUGUCUUCAGCACGUUUCUCUCACUCAUUCAGUGGGUCGAUGCGGCGCAGUUUCAGCUCCACGUCUGCACUGGCUGUUCCCAAGGACUCAGGCAGAAGGAGCAGUGCUGUGAGCAGAAGCCGCUCGGCCCCUCAUCGCCGCCGCUGGAGCACACUCAGUGGAGGCAGUGGAGGCUCUGGCCCAGCAGGCUCUGCCCCGGGGCAGGUGCGGCUCCGUGUGGGCAUGCAGGUGCUGCUGAACAGUGCCAAUGAGAUGGCCUUUAUUCGCUACUUGGGCACUGCGGACUUUGCCCCAGGGCUUUGGCUGGGACUGGAGCUCCGCACUCCAAAGGGGAAGAACGACGGGUCUGUGGACGGACGGCGCUACUUCACCUGUCGCCCUGGAUACGGUGUGCUGGUCCGUCCCAGCAGGGUCACCCACAGAGGCAUCAACGGCUCACUGCUCGUCUCUGACAACAGCUGAGGACUGAGCGAACUAAAACAUUUCAGAGACAUUUUUUUUUUCUUUAUUGUCUUUUAACUCAUUUUUUGUACUAACAUUUGCAUGCUCUGUGCACCAUCCUGGCACUUUGCACUACAUGUGUCAGACACACUUAAACACCCUGGUGCCAGUCUAUGAAGGAAGGCAGAAUCUAUGCGUUAUAUGUGCAUACAAAACUGGUCUAAGAGUGUAUGGACGUGUUUAAGGCGGCAGCACAGUGACUGUAGGAAACUCACUAGCAGCAGCACAGACUCUACCACAAAGAGCAGAAACACUGAGCUUUGCUGGAGAAAGUUUUCUGUUAGAAACUUUGAUCCACAUUUGUCCCCAGAACGGCUGCAUUUGAUCUGUUCUUACAUUUGGUCAGGCUGCUCUUUUGUAAAGUUCUUUGCCUGAUCUCUCCAUUGACAUUUUGAAUUCAAUAAUGUUACUUGUGGAGCUGCAUGGGCUUGUACAGUUACAUACAUGCAAAAAACAAAAGCACUUUAUUGACAUUCUUGUUAGAAUUAGUCUUGGAUGAAUAUUAUAAGGGAGUCCAAAUCUGCACUACCUAAUUUUCUUGCACUGAAAGACAGAAAUUUGCAGAAUUUAUACAAAAAAAUCAGAUAAUUUUGAUCCUGUGAGAACAUAUUGUAUUUAAUUGUAUCAGGAGUAAAUGUUGCUAAAGCACAACCAAAAUGCUUUAAAUCUGUGUAUUAUAUUUCUAUUGACAAAGGCACUUUUAUUCAGUCAAUCCCAAUUUAAAAUGCAGGGUCUGGAGAGCAAAAUGUCUGUUUUGUUUGCCAUUUAAUGAAUCUGCACCAGCUAAUACAGAGCUAUUCUAACACUAUCUUAAACUGCUUGGUAACACUCUUUGUCUUUGUUUUUUGUACAUGAUUUCACUGAACUGCACGGGUCAACUGUGUACACGGUGUGAGAAGUGCAUGGUGCCAUUCAAAGCAUUCACUGUCACACCAAACCACUUUUUCUAAUCAUAUCAUUGCUGAUACUUGGACCACAUUUCCAAACAUUAGACAUGGCCUAAUUGUAUUCAGUGCUCAAUUAAAGCAUCCUGACAGAGGAAAUAUGCAAUUAUCUAAAGUUCCAAAGAGACUGCACCAUUUGAUUAGAGCAGGCGAGUUGUACAAAAGAUUGAUUGUGAGUGUGGAAAAACAGACCUGCUAUUCAGUAAAACCCUCAUGUAGCCUCCAAUUAGGGUGCAUGGCCCACUGCAGCAUCGCCAAUAGACUCCUGUCAUCGAUGUGUCUGGCAAGUCCCCAGGGAGCGAGAAAGGAAGAGCACAAGGCUCUCUGAUUUUGAAGAUCUUAGGGUUUUAAAAAGUGUUUUUAAAAAGGCUGCACUUUAAAACGCUCUUUGAAAAUCAGGCUCUUCAAGGCCCUCUGUGAUAAAUUAUAUCUUUGAAAACAGUCUAAAAAUCAAUCAUUAAUUUUGCUUUAAUUGUGGGAUGAAUCAUGAAAGUAUCUGCUGGUCCUUUGACACCAUUUUUGUUUGUGUAAUAUGAGUUUGUUAGUUUCAAAUAUAAAUACAUUUAAUAAAGAAUUCACUUUUGUUUUGCA